AGUUAACAACAGACCGUUUUUUCCGAGUCUCAUUCGGAGUCGUUGGACGGAAGAAACAGUUUUGUUUUGCGUUUGCGGUGGUGUGUGGCGGUAGUUAGUUGUAAUUUUUACUCUGCUACCAUCUUUCUUUAGUUAUUUGGGACUGGUAUUAAAAUAUUUACCUGCUGCUGGAUUAAUAUUAUGGUUUGGUAGUUAGAAAUCCCAUACUUUUAUAUUACGUGAAACAACUAUUUAUAUUCUAUUAAUUUUGGAUUAAAAUUGUGCUAAACCAAUAUGGCGGAAGCCCAUUCUGCUGUUGCCUUCUCAUUCUCCAUAACCCACGAGGGAUGGGAUGUCAAUUUUGACAGGGAAGUUCUUCAUCUAGUGUGGCAAUCUGGCGUCAGGUCGUGGAAGAAGCGGGUAGCUAGGUUUCAAAAUAGUGUACACAAUGGCGUGUACCCGGGGCAUUAUAGAUAUUUAUGUGUGUUAAUAGGAUUAGUGACUGCUGUCCACUUGAAUGGAUACUCAGUGCCUCUGAAUAUGACUAGUGGAAUUAUUAGAACAUUGCCAGGAAAUACUUUGCCGUGGCAACUAGCAGCAUGUUUUUUAACAUCUUUAAUAUACUGGUUAACUGCAAUAUACAUACUCCGGUAUAUACUGAAGCUUCUUUUUAUAUACAAAGGUUGGAUGUACGAGUCGAGAGCCAGAGGUGCUCAGAUUUCAACGAAAACAAAACUCUGGUUGGUACUGGUAAAAGUUUUUAAUGGAUGGAACACUCCUAGGUUGUACAGCUACCAGGGAUCCUUGCCUAGGCUACCGUUACCGACAGUGCAUGAAACUAUGACCAGGUACUUAAGAAGUGUUAGACCUCUGUUGGACGAUGAAAGGUACAAGAGAAUGGAAAAGCUAGCUGCCGAAUUUGAAAACGGCAUUAGUAAAAAAUUGCAGCGUUACCUAAUCCUGAAGUCUUGGUGGUCUUCAAACUACGUUUCCGAUUGGUGGGAAGAGUACGUUUACCUCCGUGGAAGAUCGCCUCUCAUGAUUAACUCAAAUUUCUACGGUAUCGACGCACUUUUAUUACACCCGACCCGUAAUCAGGCAGCUAGGGCGGCGUCCACCAUAAACUCUUUACUCGUGUUCAGGAGGCUGGUCGAGAGACAAGAAUUGGAACCUAUCCUAGUGCAAGGGUUGGUUCCGCUGUGUUCCUGGCAGUACGAAAGGAUUUUUAACACCACCAGGAUUCCUGGUACAGAAACAGAUAAGAUUUGUCACUUGGCGGACUCGAAUCACAUUGUCGUUUAUCACAAAGGGAGAUACUUCAAGGUCAUUAUUUACAAACGCAGGAUUUUGAAGCCUGCAGAAAUCCAAGUUCAAAUUCAACAAAUUCUCGAUGACACGUCAGAGCCACUGCCCGGUGAGGAGAAAUUGGCUGCCCUUACGGCCGGCGAAAGGACACACUGGGCCAACAUAAGGAAGAUGUUAUUCAACAAAGGAGUUAACAAAACUUCCUUGGAUGCCGUGGAGAAAGCGGCAUUUGUUGUUGCUCUGGACGAUUUCCCGUAUGAAUAUGACACGAAAGACCCAUCAAAAUUAGAUAAAUAUGGAAGAGCCUUACUACACGGCAAAGGAUAUGACAGGUGGUUUGACAAAUCUUUUACGUUGUGCGUAGGAAGCAACGGACGUAUUGGAUUUAAUGCCGAACAUUCAUGGGCAGACGCCGCAGUCAUGGCUCACCUCUGGGAAUGGGUAAUGACGUCAGAGACGUGGGAAACUCGAUACGACGAAGACGGGAACACAAUCGGCAAACCCGAAAUCACGCCACCCACCCCGAUCCGACUAAAGUGGGAACUGAAACACGAAGCUACCAGCGCUAUCGACAGUGCCUUGAAAGUGGCGCAAAAUCUCAUAAGUGACAUAGACCUGCGGAUCCUGGAACACAACGACUAUGGAAAGGGUUUCAUGAAAACUUGCGGACUCAGCCCCGACGCGUUUAUCCAGAUGGCUCUGCAGUUGGCGUAUUAUCGAGACGCAGGGAAGUUUUGCCUAACCUACGAAGCCACCAUGACCAGAUUGUAUAGGGAGGGUCGAACGGAAACUCUUCGACCCGUUACACUCGAAUCGGCCGCCUGGGUUAAGGCAAUGGAGGACGGUAAAACUCCCGUUGAGGAACAAGUGAGGUUGCUGAGAAGCGCUUGCCAAAGGCAUCAGGCUGGUUAUCAGGACGCCAUGUGCGGAAAGGGCAUAGACAGACACCUGUUCUGCCUUUACGUUGUUUCGAAGUAUCUGGAAGCGGAGUCUCCCUUCCUCAAGGAAGUGCUUAGUGAACCCUGGAGGUUGUCCACGUCCCAGACGCCCCACGGUCAAACCAAUCGUUUGGAUCUGAAGAAGCACCCCAACUGCAUAUCGGCGGGCGGUGGAUUUGGUCCUGUAGCCGACGACGGUUAUGGUGUGUCGUAUAUCAUCGCCGGAGAGGAUUUACUGUUCUUCCACAUCUCUAACAAAAAGAGCUGCCCAACAACAGACUGUCACCGGUUUGCCAGGAAAAUAGAAGAGGCUUUAUCAGACAUUAAACAGAUGUAUUUAGAGUACAAAUCGAUGAAUGGGGUGAAGUGAGUCCUCUUCCGUUUACUUUAACGUAGUCAUUUAACUAAAACGUCUGGUUUGUCGGAUGUUUACUUCUGUGGUUUGUGGUUUAAUUGUUGGUGUAUAGGAUUAAUUUAAUGAAGUGUACAUAUCGAAAUCUUUGUAAAAUUCUUUGUAGGCUAAACAAUUUCACGGAAAGCUGUAAAUUUUGGAAAUAUUUAACAUGCGAUAUUUUUAUAAGGAAUAACUUUGGACGAUGUUGAGUUUUUAGCAAAAAUUGUAUAUUUUAUCACGUUUAAAAUCUUAUUGAGUGUAUUCAUCUUGUUUGUUAUGCAAAAAUCAAUGCAAUAACUUUAAUUUUCUUGUUUUUUUUUAAUGAAUAACAUUUUUUUUAUUAAACGAUAGUAUUGAGUA